UUUCCGAAAGAAAACCAGUAUUUGAUGAUAUGUUUGGUACUAUUCCUAUUUCCACCCAACAAUGAGCAGCAAGCAGUCUGUCCUCCUCCCGACCGAAACCCUAAACCUGGAGUCCGGCCUCUCCCUGGUCCCCCGUUUGAAGCUGAACCUGAGCGUCCACCGCGCCGACGCCUCCGUCAAGCCACUCGACGAAUGGCAACUGAAAACCUCCUUAAUUGACUUCCUGAAAUCCUCAUUCUCGAUCAGCGUCCCUGAAGACGACCUCAUCCUUGGGAAAUUGAAAGAUUUGAAGAAACGGAAGCGCGAGGAUCCCGUUGCUCGUGGUACGCUGUUUGUUCGAGAGUUGGGAUUUCUGGUUGAUAAAGUUGAGCCUGAAGAGGUAGAGGUGGUGGAGAAGAAGGUUUGUGAGUGGAAGAAAAAGGUGGUUGGUAAAUUGGAUGGGAUUGAGUUGAGUUUGGUCGGGGUUAGGUUUAAGUUGAGCGUUGAGGUUCCCAAAUCGGAUGACUUUGAAGUGAUGAGGAAAGAGUGGGAGGAGGUGGAGGAGGAGGUUUCUGCGUUUGAUGCUGGUCGUCAUAGAGGAUAUGCAAGGGGUAGAAAACGGGAACCUGACACAAUUGUGCUGAGGGGUGUUCCAUCACGAUGGUUUGCUGAGACAAGAGUCUCAUCCAAGCCUUCAAUGUUGGUUACUCAUACCAUUUUUUCUGCAUUAGGAAAAAUCAGGAAUCUGGAUGUCGCCGAAGAUGAUGGGUCUGACAAAGAUGCAGAUGAAGACAUAGUUCGUGGUCUCCAAUGUAAGAUUGUGGUUCGGUUUGAGGACCAUAGGGAAUUUUCUAAGGCCUUAAAGGUGUUAUGUGGGAGGUCAUUGGAAAAGCAAGGAUCACGGCUAAAAGCUGAUUAUGAGGUGAGCUGGGAUAAGGACGGCAUAUUUAGAAAUGCUCGAAGUCAAAAUGAAGAAAAUAGUAGAUCAACGCCAAAAGUUGCGGCUUAUAAUGAUAGAAGUGAACCCGCUAGACAUCAGUCUCAUGCACCCUAUUUUUCUGAAAACCACAUCCGCUCAAAGAGAUUCAAGGAAUGACUAAACUAUUGAAAGCAGAAUGAAGUUGAAUGACUGCUUCAAGAAUCCAUACAAUAUUUGAGCACUGUUGCAAUAGAGUUUGGCUCUUUUCCUUCACCGGCUGAAGCUAGAUUUGAUCAUUACCGCUUUCAAAUACUCUCUCCUAGGUCCUUUUUGUUAGAUUUGCUAUAAAUUGUUGGAGAUUUGAGAAUAUAUGUGGAAUGUUGAAUCUAUCUUCAUGGUAUGACCGAUAUAAAAACAAUGCAGCAGAUGAAUCACCUGCACGGUUUUGCAAUGCUAAGGGUUGAUUAAUAAUA